AUGCCUUCUGAAGUAACGCCGGUACUAUUUCACUAUUCGCUGUCCCCAUAUGGGAGACGAGUUUCGUGGUACCUUACGUUUCGUGGGAUCCAGCACAAACAAUGUUUACAACCACCUAUUCUGCCACGGCCGGACCUGGCGGCUCUCGGCGUCCAGUACCGACGAAUUCCCGUUUUGAGCAUUGGGAAAGACAUAUACUGUGAUAGUCGAUUGAUCCUUAAAAAGCUCGAGGAGCAGUUCCCAAACGGGAAGCUUGGGGCCACAGACAGUGAUGGGAAAGCUCUGGAGAACUUACUUGAAACCUGGGCGACGGAUGGAGGGCUGUUCCUCAACGCAGCUCUACUGAUGCCGUUUGACAUGCCAGCCUUACAGAACCCGGCAUUUUUAAAGGAUAGAUCUUCCUUCAUAACGGGGCUAAAGUUGAAGAUGGAGGAUAUGCCCAGUCUUAGGGCCGAGGCGAUGGUUCAAGUAAAGCGUGCUUUCGACUUUCUUGAAUCGACAUUGCUAGCAGAUGGAAGGGAUUGGCUCCGCAAGACAGAAAAGCCAACCCUUGCCGAUCUCCAGGCAUCAUCUCUAGAAGUCAGCCAUCCCAAAGUAUUUGCUUGGAGGUCCAGAUUCAGACAAGCUCUGUCCGACGCAGAGGCAAAGAUGAAGGAGACCAUAGUGUCUGGCAGCGAUGUGCUUGAGGGUCUCCGGUAUGAGUCGUUUGCUGAAAGCGAGGCCGAAUUUGAUGACUCCGAUCCACUUGGGCUUCAGAAGGGCGAGGAAGUGUUGGUCUGGCCCACUGAUUCAGGAUCAACUCAUCGGGAUGCAGGGACCCUUAUUGGGUUGAAUUCUAAGGAGAUCGUGCUGCAACGAAAGACGGAAGAUAACCAGCUUGAUAUCCGGAUUCACUUUCCGCGAAUUAAUUUCAAAGUCGUCUCAGCAGCUCACGUGCAGCAGACAAAGCUGGGUGUUCCACAUAGAUCUGACGAGUCGGAGAAUCCGAUCUAA